GUGCCUUUCUUGAGUGUAAUUAUUGCCGAUAAACUAGUAAUAUGUACGGAAACAUCAGCUUUUUGUUAUGUUAUGUAAAGGUGUGGGGAAUGUGUGUGGAUAUGAUAAUUAUUGUGUGCAAAGGCAACGGUGUGUACUCACAGUUCUUGUUUGAUUUUGUACAAUAUUGCGCUUGCUUUAGUCCAAUGCAACGUAGUACCUACUAGUAGAUGUCAUAAUGUAUUAUUUGUGUAAUUACGAAAUUAUAGGAGUAGAAAUGCUAUCUGU